AUGAUUGGCCUUAUCCUUAAAGCAGACCUCGAUAACGUCACCAAUCUUUCUUUUGUGGAUCCUCCAGAAGACCCUUUUCUUUAUACCUUUAAGGUCCGCUGUACAUCAUGUAAAGAAACCCACCCAAAUCCAAUCACCGUCAACAGAUACGAAGAACCCGAAGCAAAUACCGACGGCUCUGGUGGCCCCAGAGCUGACGCAAACUUUAUCAUGCGCUGUAAAAACUGCAAAAAGGAAUCUCGCAUCGCUCUCAAGUUUGACAACUCAGUUUCUCGCUCAUACCCCCUCGACAAGAGUGGCUUUAAACUUCUCAUGCUUAAAAUCGAUACCCGCGGCCUCGAUAUUUUGGCUUUUAUUCCUGACGGAAAGUUCAAAUGUGUUUCCGGGUCUCUUGAUGAAGAUGAUGGCUCUGUCAAGGUUGGCCCAACAGUUUUUGAUCCAGUAGAUUUGGAAGAAAAUGAGUGGUAUGAUUAUGAUGACAACGCUGGUAAUGAAGUUUCUAUUACAAAUGCAGAAUGGGUUCUUGAAAAAGUUAAAUAA